CUCGGAGCGGAAGCCGCCGCGGCCCGGGUCCCCGCACCCAGCCUGCGCCCCGCCGCCGCCGCUGCCGCCUGGCCCGAGCAUGGAGACGGCGGAGAAGGAGUGCGGCGCCCUGGGAGGGCUCUUCCAGGCCAUCGUCAACGACAUGAAGAGCUCCUACCCCAUCUGGGAGGACUUCAACUCCAAGGCCACAAAGCUGCAUUCCCAGCUGAGGACCACUGUGCUGGCUGCUGUGGCCUUCCUGGAUGCCUUCCAGAAAGUGGCUGACAUGGCCACCAACACCCGAGGGGCCACGCGGGAUAUCGGCUCGGCGCUCACGCGCAUGUGCAUGCGCCACCGCAGCAUCGAGACCAAGCUGCGGCAGUUCACCAAUGCGCUCCUGGAGAGCCUCAUCAACCCACUGCAGGAGCGCAUCGAGGACUGGAAGAAGUCGGCCAACCAGCUGGACAAGGACCACGCAAAAGAGUACAAACGAGCCAGGCAUGAGAUCAAGAAGAAAUCUUCAGACACGCUGAAGCUGCAGAAGAAAGCACGCAAAGGGAAAGGAGACCUGCAGCCCCAGCUGGACAGUGCCCUGCAGGACGUGAACGACAUGUACCUGCUGCUGGAGGAGACGGAGAAGCAGGCGGUGCGCCGGGCCCUGAUUGAGGAGCGCGGCCGCUUCUGCACCUUCAUCACCUUCCUGCAGCCUGUGGUGAACGGCGAGCUGACCAUGCUGGGAGAGAUCACCCACCUGCAGGGCAUCAUCGAUGACCUGGUGGUGCUGACCGCGGAGCCACACAAGCUGCCCCCCGCCAGUGAGCAGGUGAUCAAAGACUUGAAGGGCUCAGACUACAGCUGGUCCUACCAGACCCCACCCUCAUCGCCCAGCAGCUCCAGCUCCCGGAAGUCCAGUAUGUGCAGCGCCCCCAGCAGCAGUAGCAGUGCCAAGGGUGGCGGAGCCCCGUGGCCUGGGGGUGCCCAAACAUACUCACCCGGUUCCACCUGUCGCUACCGCAGCCUGGCACAGCCGGCCACCGCCAGCGCCCGCCUCUCCAGCGUCUCCUCCCACGACUCUGGCUUCAUCUCCCAGGAUGCCACCUACUCCAAGCCCCCCUCGCCCAUGCCUUCAGACAUCACCAGCCAGAAGUCCUCCAGCUCAGCGUCCUCCGAGGCCUCAGAAACCUGCCAGUCCGUCAGCGAGUGCAGCUCGCCUACCACGGACUGGGCCAAGGCCGGCCCCCACGAGCAGCCCUCAGGCACCACCCUGCAGCGGAGGAAGGACCGAGCGGAGCUCCUCCGAGACACAGAGCCAGGCCCGGCUAGCGGGGGCACCCUGGGCCCCAGUGGAGAGGAGGUCCCGCGACCCCGCAUGUCCCCUGCCACCAUCGCAGCCAAGCACGGUGAGGAGGUGUCCCCCGCGGCCAGUGACCUGGCCAUGGUGCUGACCCGCGGCCUGAGCCUGGAGCACCAGAAGAGCAGCCGGGACUCCCUGCAAUACUCGAGCGGCUACAGCACGCAGACCACCACGCCCUCCUGCUCCGAGGACACCAUCCCCUCCCAAGGCUCCGACUACGACUGCUACUCAGUGAACGGGGACGCAGACGGGGAGGGCCCACCCGAGUUCGACAAGUCGUCCACCAUCCCUCGCAACAGCAACAUCGCCCAGAACUACCGCCGCCUGAUCCAGACCAAGCGCCCGGCCUCCACUGCGGGGCUGCCCACCGCUGGGCUGCCCACCACCUCGGGCGCACCCCCUGGCGUGGCCACCAUCCGCCGCACGCCCUCCACCAAGCCCGCCGUGCGCCGCACCCUCUCCAGCGCCGGCCCCAUCCCCAUCCGGCCGCCCAUCGUCCCCGUGAAGACGCCCACGGUGCCCGACUCCCCCGGCUACGUGGGGCCCACGCGGGCGGGCAGCGAGGAGUGCGUCUUCUACACCGACGAGGCCGCCUCGCCCCUGGCCCCGGACCUGGCCAGGGCCUCCCCGAAGAGGCUCAGCCUGCCCAACACAGCCUGGGGCAGCCCGUCCCCCGAGGCCGCCAGCUACCCGGGGCCGGGGGCCGGGCUGGCGGCCGAGGACGACGAGCAGCAGCAGCGGCAGCUGGCCGCCAACCGGCACAGCCUGGUGGAGAAGCUCGGGGAGCUGGUGGCAGGCGCCCACGCCCUGGGCGAGGGCCAGUUCCCCUUCCCCACUGCCCUGUCGGCCACCCCCGUGGAGGAGACUCCCACCCCGCCCCCUGCUGCCACCAGCGACCCCCCGGCUGAAGACAUGCUGGUGGCCAUCCGGCGCGGGGUGCGGCUCCGCAGGACCGUCACCAAUGACAGGUCGGCGCCCCGCAUCUUGUGAUCCCACCCUCUGGCCCGGGCGAGGCAGGUGGCCUGGUCGGUGGGCAGCGGCCACUCAGAGCAAAGGCACAGGAGAGAGUGGAGCCAGGCAAGCUUUUUUUUUUUUUUUUUUUUUUAUAAAGUCAUACGAGGCAAAGCUACUUUAUUGGAAAGAGACACCCAUCUUGGAUUUCAAGGUUUAAACAGGAAAUGACUUCUUUAACAAACCUCGCCAGGACGGAGCCUGCGGGCCUGGAACUUGGAUUUGGAGCCUGUUUCAACCUUUGCUUGCCCACUCUGUCCCUCCUCUUCCUCCUUUCGGGCCCUGCCUUUUCCUGGUGUGGGUGAGCCCCAGAGCCACGCUCACCGCCCACAGCAGCGGGGCCGGGCCGGCCUCUCCCGGUCCCACCGGCCUGGCUGGGCCCGCAGUGCCACCGCUUAGCUAGCCUGGCCCGGCUUCUCGCCAUCUCCCGAGGGACGGUGGCCUCGGGCUCUUCCGGAAUGCUAGCCCAUCCCGCCCUGACUGAGCCCUCCUCCUCCCUCCUCCUUCGGCUCAUCUCUCUGCCUCUCCAGGCUCCUCUCCGUCGGGGAGCAGGGCCGACGGGGAGCAGCUGUGCAAGGGCCAGGGGCCCAACCGGCUAAGGUAUCUGGUUUGCUGAGAAAGCUCUACGGGAUGGCUGGCUGUUGGGGGCGGGGUGGGGGGUUGCAGCUGGGAGCCCAGACGCCGUCGCCGCCGCCGUCGGGGAAGGGGGGCCGGGCCCA